AUGACAGACACCGUGGUCAGUAGCAGCUCGAACCGAUGGAUGUACCCCAGCGACCGGCCCCUGCAGUCCAGUGAUAAAGAACAGCUCCAGGCAGGCUGGUCUGUCCACCCCAGCGGACAGUCUGACAGGCAGCGGAAGCAGGAGGAGCUGACGGACGAGGAGAAGGAAAUCAUCAACAGAGUGAUCGCUCGGGCCGAGAAGAUGGAGGAGAUGGAGCAGGAGCGGAUCGGGCGCUUGGUGGAUCGCCUGGAGAAUAUGAGGAAGAAUGUGGCCGGGGAUGGGGUGAACCGCUGCAUCCUGUGCGGGGAACAGCUGGGGAUGCUGGGCUCUGCCUGCGUCGUCUGUGAGGACUGCAAGAAGAACGUCUGCACCAAGUGUGGGGUGGAGACUUCCAACAACCGCCCACAUCCUGUGUGGCUCUGCAAAAUCUGCAUCGAGCAGAGGGAGGUAUGGAAGCGCUCCGGAGCGUGGUUCUUCAAAGGCUUCCCCAAACAGGUCCUCCCACAGCCCAUGCCUAUAAGGAAGACCAGGCCUCAGCAGCCUGUCGCCGAGCCUGCUGGUCUAGAUCAGCCUGCCCCUGAGCCCAAGCACACUGCCCGGGCCCCUGCACGAGGUGACACUGAGGACAGGAGGGGCCCAGGUCAGAAGCCAGGGCCCGACCCCGCCUCCGCCCCUGGCCGAGGAGGCUAUGGGCCUCCCGUGCGCAGAGCCUCAGAGGCACGCAUGACCUCAGCCCCCCGGGACUCCGAGAGCUGGGACCAUGGCCACAGUGGGGGUGCUGGAGAUGCCAGCCGGAGCCCUGCAGGCUUGAGACGCACCAACUCGGUCCAGGCCUCGCGCCCUGCAGCCUCCGGUCCCAGCCCAGCACCUCCUCAGCCAGGGGCACCAGGUACGUCAGGGGGCGGCAGAGCGGCUCCUGGGCCCGCGGGAAGCUUUCCAGACCAGAGAGCAGAGGUGGCUUCAGCUGACCCUGGCUAUCCGGGAGCCUCUGCUCCAGCCCGGGAGGAGAGGACAGGGGGAGCCAGGGAAGAAAGAGUAGCCCCAACCCCGGGACCCUACUCCCAAGCAUCUGCUGCUGUCCCCCAGCCAGCCACCUCAGCCCGCCCACCACCCCCGGAGGAGGAAGAAGAGGAGGCCAACAGCUACGACUCAGAUGAAGCAACCACCCUGGGUGCCCUGGAAUUCAGCCUUCUCUACGACCAGGACAACAGCUCCCUGCAGUGCACCAUCCUAAAGGCUAAGGGACUGAAGCCCAUGGACUCCAACGGCCUGGCCGAUCCCUAUGUCAAACUGCACCUCCUGCCGGGAGCCAGUAAGUCCAACAAGCUCCGGACAAAGACUCUGCGCAACACCCGGAACCCCAUCUGGAAUGAGACCCUCGUAUACCACGGCAUCACGGACGAGGACAUGCAGAGGAAGACGCUCAGGAUCUCUGUCUGUGACGAGGACAAAUUUGGCCACAAUGAGUUCAUCGGUGAAACGAGAUUCUCGCUUAAGAAACUGAAACCAAACCAGAGGAAGAAUUUCAACAUCUGUCUGGAGCGGGUGAUUCCGAUGAAGCGUGCAGGGACCACUGGCUCAGCCCGCGGCAUGGCCCUUUACGAAGAGGAGCAAGUGGAGCGUAUUGGUGACAUAGAAGAGCGUGGCAAGAUCCUGGUGUCCCUGAUGUACAGCACUCAGCAAGGAGGCCUCAUCGUGGGCAUCAUCCGCUGCGUGCACCUGGCCGCCAUGGACGCCAAUGGCUACUCAGACCCCUUCGUCAAACUCUGGCUGAAACCGGACAUGGGAAAGAAAGCCAAACACAAGACUCAAAUUAAAAAGAAAACCUUGAAUCCUGAGUUUAAUGAGGAAUUUUUCUAUGACAUCAAACACAGUGACCUAGCAAAGAAGUCCCUGGACAUCUCCGUCUGGGACUACGACAUCGGCAAGUCCAAUGAUUACAUCGGAGGCUGCCAGCUGGGGAUCUCAGCCAAGGGGGAGCGCUUGAAACACUGGUAUGAGUGUCUGAAAAACAAGGACAAGAAGAUUGAGCGCUGGCACCAGCUGCAGAAUGAGAACCACGUGUCGAGCGAUUAG